AUGGAUGUACAGAGCAUUAUGAACUACGUGCUACAGAAGCUAACGGAAUUGCUAAGGUGGUUUGAUAACUGUUGGGGAGAUAUGCUGAGUUGGUUUGAUAACUUUUGGGAAGAUAUGAGACCAGAGGAGAGCAAUUACACCACUGGCUCCAAGUUGGUGCAAUCAUUCUCAUUGCUGUGUUGGUUCUCAUCUUUUUUAUUUGCUGCUGUCGAUGUUGUUGUCGAUGUUUUGGCCGUGGAGUUAUUUACUGCUAUCGAUGUUGUUGUCGAUGUUUUCACCGUGGAGUUAUUUCCUGCCGUCGAUGUUUUGGCCGUGGAGGGAGAUCAGGCGGACUGA